UUUUUACACUAUGAUAAAAUCUAGAAAAUGAAUAAUGUAUUGACGUUGAACGCAGAUUAUUGACAAAAAUAUUGGGAAGCACUUUAAUUAGUUAUUGUGUAAUUCACGCGUCUUAAUGAAAAAAUACAAGUUGAAACGUCCCGUCGUUUCUAUAAAUAAUGGCAUAGAUAAGCAAACUCUCAUUGAAAAAAAUUAUCCGUUAUACGUAUUUUUGUACUCAUAGUAGAAGAAAUCGAAAGUAUACUUUUGUUACGUCUAAGAAAACUCAUCUCAAUAAUCAAAAGCAAAGCAAGUACACCAAAAAUUAGGAGCAGAUGACAGAAUCCACACACGAAAUGAGAUCAUAUGAUCAACCGGGGCAACUUCUGGAUAAACACGAUACCAGAAAAAAUUAUUAUCUCGCAACACGACCCCAUCCUAUUUGCUGCUCCAAACGAUUUCUGGUUCUUAUCUUAAUGUUUCUGGGAUUCUUUUUUGGCAUUUUGGUGAAAGUCUGCAUUAACAUCGCUAUUAUCGAAAUGACAGCAAAUAAAACAAGUGUCAAUCAAACAUCAAGUUACUCGUACAAUUGGGACACAAAAACUACUGGAGUGGUUCUAAGCACUCACGCUUACGGUUUUCUAUUCAGCCCCAUAGGUGGAUACCUAGCGACGAAAUUUGGCGGUUCUGUUACCUAUGGUACCACAACGAUGCUGAUGUCCAUAUUAACAAGUUUGAAUCCUGCCAGCUUGGAAUGUAAUUUUCACCUAUUCUUGGCAUGUAGAAUUGCCACAGGGCUAUUUGACGGUUUCGCUUAUGCCAGUAGUGCUGAGAUAUUCUCACGUUGGGUGCCGACCAAAGAGAGGUCAACAUUUAUGGCGAUCGUGUUCAGUGGAAUUUACAUUGGAAUCGCAAUCGCAUACCCCAUGUUUGGGUACAUAGCGCGUUUCUGGGGAUGGAAAAUGAUUUUCUACAUAACUGGAGUCAGUACUUUCAUUUGGUCAGUUGUUUGGUUGAUCGUUGUGAGAAAUGAGCCAUCCAAAGAUCGAUUGAUUUCUCAAAGGGAACUUCUUUACAUCCAGAGUCAUAGUGAGACAACUCCAAGAGAUAAGGUUAUUCAUCCAUACAAAAAAAUACUAAAAUCUCCACCUGUAUGGGCUCUAGGAGUGGGAAAAUUUACAUUCGGCUGGGGAUUUAAUCUAAUUAUAAUUUGUCUUCCUCUUUACGUUAGAGAUGCUACUGGAAAAAAUGUUGACCAAGUAGGACUCAUUUCUGCGAUUCCUAACUUCAUAUGUAUUUUCAUGACGCCAAUAGUAGGCGUUAUCAUGGACUUUUUGCAAAAUCACACCAAGCUAAGGGCUUCUCAAAUUCACAGAAUCAUGAUGACCUUUGGGUUUUCAACUUCCUGCAUUCUGCUUGCUGUAGCUGCCCUUUGCAAUAACUUCAUCGUAUCGAUGACAUGCUUCGUACUCAUCAAAUUAUUUCUAUCGUUCAAUUUCUUAAUUUUGCAAUUAGUUUGUCUAUAUCUGGCACCUAAGCAUUCGAGUAUUCUGCUGGGUAUCUCAGCUUUCUGGUACGUUUGUAGCAAUAUCAUUCUACCAUCUGUUGUCGGAUUUGUGGUCCAGAAUCAAAGUCCGCAAGAAUGGAGCAUGUGUUUUCUACUGUCAUCAGGUGUUCUGUUAUUUGGAACAUUAGUAUACUGGAAAUUUGGCUCCAGCGAUCUUCAGCCUUGGGCUGUAUCACCAACUCGUAGUGCAAACGAAAUACAUAUGAGUAGGUAAUGAUUUCAUCAUAAGCUGUAUGUAUAUGUACCUACUCGUAUGUACUUACUUUGUUGUAUUCGUUAAUAAACUUACAAUAAAAUUGCACACGACGA